GUACAAAGCUGACAGCAGUAGCACCCACCGCUAAAAAAGAAUAGAACCAAGCUGAGAAUCAGACUGCUUUGCUUUGACGCACAGCAAAUCAGAGAAAACCACUUUUCUUGACCAUUUGGUUUAAGCUCCAGAAAUUUUCUUUUCUUGUACCUGAAACUGAAAAAAAAGCUGAGAGAAUGCGGGGAGAGACGGAGGCAGUAAAUAUUCUGGUGUCUCUGACACUGAUCUGCGCUUUCGUUUUUGUCUACUCUGAUAUUGAUGUCGAUGUUCUAAAUGAGAUACUUCAUAAGAUUCUAAGUUGGUGUGCUCGCGUUAGUGUUGCAAUUGUGCUUCUGAUGGUUUUUAUCCAGUCACGGAUGGAUGUUUUUCGUGAGUUAAGCCGUGAAUUAGGUGAUGGAAUUGUUCAGAAUUUAGGCAACAGUGGAUUAUUGGGCCCAAGGAGACACCAUGCUUCUUGUCAUUGUCAUACCAUAAGGGAAGGAACUAGUGGUUUCAUGGUUCAAAAACUGAAACAUGAUUUGAUAAAAAAAAUCUAUGAUGGGGUGUACCAAGUCAAUGUAGAGAACAUAGGCAAUGUCAUCUAUAAUGUUGCACCACGAGUUGAUUCAUUAAGUAGAGAAUCGUACAAUUUGGCAGUUGCAUGCUCUAAUGAGUUUGUGUUGAAGAAUAUUUUUUGUUUCAAUCCAAACUGUAACCAAGUUUGCUAUGUAAUGGAGCACUACGAACAAAAUUUCAAACAAUGGUUGCAAGAGAAUUCUCUCUCUGAUCAACAAGGCAAAAAUCUGAAUCCAGAAUUUCUUCAAAUUCUUAGGGAUGUUUUAAGGGGCAUUGGUUAUCUCCAUCGUGUGAAAAAUAGAUGUCAUGGCAAGUUAAGUGAGACAAAUAUUGUGGUCGUGAAUGGUCGGGCCAAGAUUACAGGAAUGGUCGGGCCAAGAUUACAGGAUCAUUAUUCAGAUUAUAAGCACUUGGCGACCAUUGUUCGAAAAUCCUUCGAAACCGAGCAACAUGACAUUCCAACAGAACUUAAAUUGUUUCUUACCUACAUCUCAAAGACAGAACCCAGCCGGUAUGCAAGUAAACUUUACACACACACGCACAUUAAUAUUUAUUGUAAAAUAUCUCACUUAAACUUCUUUUUAUUCUUGUCCAGGUUGCUCAAUAUUGAAAAUCAUCCAAUUUUUCUAUCCCCUUUACAAAGAUUGAGCUACAGGGUGAUUGCUCAUACUAUCUUGUAUUUUGGAAAGUCGAAAAGGUCCUUUGCGUUGGCACUAAAUGAAAAGCUUGGUAAAUGUGAAUGGAAGCUCAAUGUCAGAACUACUGGUACAUUUGUUAUGGUGCUUGAUCGUUAUAAUUACCUGGGAAAUUUGUCAGAAAAACAAAGGAAGAAAAUCGUUGAAUAUAAGGAUUCCGCCAUAUCUUUUAUGCGGUUUUGCAGAAAUGUUGUGGCGCACCUCAAGGACAAUAAUGUUAAACGAGAUCCAGGGCAGCGUAAGAAAUUGACUGUGAAGGAAGUCGAGGAAGAGCUUAAUGGAUACUGGCCUGAGUUCAUGCCCAUUUUACAUGAAAUCCUUCUUGAACAUGGCCAUCUUAUGGUUGUACACGAUGCGGUUCUCAAGUGAAACCAUUAGGCUGUUUCUCACAAAUGGAUAUGGUACAGAUAGUAGUAAAUUUGCAAGUGAUCAGUGUUGCUCUUCGAUUUUCUGCUGGCUCGUAAGGGACUGUGUACAGCAACAACUUUUGAACCUAUAUAGAAGUGCUUUCAAGGGCUUUUCUUUUGGAUAUAGACUGUAUAUAAGUGAACUUUUAACACUAGAUGGAUUUGAUAAGGAUCAGCCACUUCCUCUUCCCAUGACAUAUUCAACAAAAUGCUUGUGACAUAUAUAUAUUUUGAGAGGAAAAAGGCUUGUGAUAUGAUAUUGCAGAUUUGCAGUAGAGUUAAGGCAUAUAGCUGUAGUGGGUGGGACCUGUCACAAUACAGUUAAAUUUCUUUAUUGCUAGAAACUAUUUACAAGGUCCAAGAAUUGGCAUAAUGGAACAAUUACAAGAAGGAACGCCGAGAUUUUCCACCGCCCUAGGCUAAUACAGAGCAAGGCACUCGCAAUGCUCUAGACUUGGUGAACCAAAGUGGAUGCUGGUUGUAAGAGGCUUACUCCAACAUCCGGAGGGGAAAUCACUCUACUUCACUCAAUUUUUCUCUACGCUGGACUCUUCUUCCUCUUUUCUCCAUUUUUUGUUUGAAAUGAACCCCUCGUUCAUGUGGGCGGUGGGUAUUUGAAAGAGUAAGUCUAGCAUCACAUUAAUUUUCACCACUUUGCCACGUGACAAGUUGUAAGUGGUGGAAAUAAAAUGAUGGGUCUAUGUGAAUCCAUGAUUCCAUCAAUCACGAGUGGCAAAGUUGUGGCAAAAUUGUGGAAAUUAGUGUGGUGCUAGACUUACUCUUAUUUGAAACCUAUCUCCUCAUAAAUGGGGGACAAAAUGAUGACUCUAGUCCAAUCUUCCUCUCCAUUGUCAAGUUGAGAAUAUUGGUUAGGGUUUAAUCCUACUUCUCCUAACAAAUAGAGUAAUCAUUCAGAAUUUAGGACAGAGGUUAUCAGUAGGUGGCUAUAAUUAAUGUGGAGGUGAUAGCUAGCUUCUUAGGAACGUUGUUCGAAGACUGAGCAGAGUGUUAUCGACAAAUACUCAAGAUACCUUUUUAUGCAGGAGUCAACCUUCCUCCUUGAUAUGAUCAUGGUUUUGGUUGGAAGGGUUAUUGUUGCUAGAUAUCUUGUUACGACAACUUCUUAAUCGGUUCAUUGCUGCCCUUUCAUGAUGAAACUCGAAUGUCAUCCAACAAGCCAUUCAUGUUCUUUAUGAAGUUGGGCUCGGCUAAGGGUUCAUGGGCUCCCUUCUUUAUUUGGGACUAGGAUGGGCUUGCAGGCCUCCCCUAAGGGGCUUUGUGGAGAUGUGAUGGAGUUGGUCAAUCCCCCCUG